AUGAGGCGAUGUUCUCCAAAAAUUGCCUGGAUUACGUCAUGCGCAAUCAGUUACGUAGCUUAAUGUGUUAAUUGGAGAGAGUUGAGCAUUUCUCGACAGAGAGGGGAGAGGCUACGACUGUGAAAACAGCGAGCGAGGGGAGAGCGAGGCAGACUGUGGGUGUGUUGGUGCGUGAGAGGAAAAGAGCGAGAAAGCGUAGGGGAGGGAGAGAGGAGAGAAAUAAAAACAGCACAAGAAGGACAGCAGGCAGAGCGGAGGAUUAAAUCCUUCUCAGGCUCCACCAUGUUCCUGCACACCGUCUCCAUCCUCUUGAUCUCUGCCGUGCUCUUCGGCUGCCUGGAAGGGAAUGGUGUCCAAAUGCAGAGGGACGUUCAGUGUUGUAUGCAGUACUCUCACGGCAAGGUCCGGACCAAAGAUGUGCUGAGGUUUGAGGUGCAGACUGAGGGGCCAGACUGCAGCAUAAGAGCCAUCAUAUUGUACACCAAAAAGGCGGUGAAGUGUGCCGAUCCAAGAGAUAGGAAGGUGAAGAGGUUACUACGGAAACUGUUCCAGAGGCAGGGAGCCAAAUCCCGCAGGAUCAUGUGGCUGAAUCUCCCCGUGAUGUCAGAGGUCGCCAUUGUUGAUUCUCAAAAGAUGAACAAGACCAAGUGAAGAGUGAGGAUGAAAAGGUGGUCCAUGGAACUCCAUCCUUCUCUUGUGUAUCACUGUUUUCUUAUACGUAUCAGAAAAUCUACGUAGACUCAUAACGUUCACUACCAAUGUUAGUCAGAUAUAUUGCGAUAUAGACGUCCUCUCAAAUGACUGUUAAUCUAUAUGCCAAAGUAUUCUAAUCUGAGACUGGUUACUAUAGGGUUGUUCAUCUCUGCAGCUAUAGUCUCUAUUUAUACUCUCUUCUGUAGAGUCCAGUAAACUGAUGUGACUGUUCUCCACCAAUUUAUAGUGCAAUUACAGACUCUUGUGUAUGUUAAAACACAACUGAUUUUUAUAUAUAAAAUACAUUUAAAACAC